UUUAAUAUAAGCUUACAGUAUCGUCAUCAAUGGCGAAUUUGCAUUGGCUAGAACUGACUUGUUCAUUUUGUGAGGUCGUGUUCCCGACAAAUAAACGUCAGCGAGUAAGCACACGAUCGCAGACAAUUAGGGCGCGUUUCCACGCGCUCCAAUGUCGGAGAUCUAUUUUCCUCGUGGCGGCGCGAGUACUUGAAUGAAAACGAAGAAAAAAAAAAAUUAUGUGCCAUAGACUUCUUGCAUAAGUAUAUAAAUAAAAAUGUCCAGUUAUAAGGUCCUAUUUCUCACUAUAACGGUAAUUAAAUUUUCUCGCUGUCUAAGCUCUCUUUCUUCCGGCCCUAUAUAAAUAGCAGCCAGACUCAAUUCAUUUUACACCCCAAAAUAAAAAAGCCAACGUCCUUUUUCAGUUUGCCCUUGCUUUGCUGUGUACCAACUUCUUUCAAUUAUCACAAUACUAGCUAGAAAGCUAUCCAACACCAUGAGAAAUGACAUAGAGAGUGUCUGGGUAUUUGCCCUUGCAUCCAAAUGCCGAGCUCUUUCUCAAGAAAACAUUGCAUGGUCAAUUUUAAUUAUCGUUCUUGCCUGGCUAGCUAUGACCUUAGUCUACUGGGCUCACCCCGGUGGUCCAGCUUGGGGCAAGUAUAGGUUCAAAAAGUUUUCCUCUCUUUCUAUUGCUAACAAGCCAAUUCCAGGGCCUAUAGGGUUGCCUGUAAUUGGCAGCAUGAACCUCAUGGCCAGCUCCCUGGCUCACCAUCGGAUUGCAGCCGCUGCCGAGACAUGCAAAGCCAAGAGGCUCAUGGCCUUUAGCCUAGGUGAUACUCGUAUUAUUGUCACGUGCAAUCCGGAUGUAGCAAGAGAGAUUCUUAACAGCUCUGUUUUUGCUGAUCGUCCUGUGAAAGAGUCAGCUUAUAGCUUGAUGUUCAACAGAGCAAUUGGGUUCGCUCCUUAUGGGGUUUACUGGCGAACCCUGAGGAGAAUCGCGGCUACGCACCUUUUCUGUCCUAAGCAAAUCAAAGGUGCAGAGGAUCAGAGAAGCUUGAUUGCCUCUGAAAUGGUCACCUUAUUUGCUCAACAUAACCAAAGCUUUCGCGUACGCGAAGUGCUUAAACGAGCUUCUCUAAACAACAUGAUGGUUUCGAUAUUCGGACAAAAAUAUAAGUUAGAUUCCACCAAUAAUGACGUUGAAGAACUUCGAGCUCUAGUUGAUGAAGGGUACGAUUUACUGGGCACAUUAAAUUGGUCUGACCAUCUUCCUUGGCUAGCAGAUUUUGACCCUCAAAAAAUCAGAGCUAGAUGCUCAAACCUCGUACCUAAAGUUAACCGCUUUGUCAGCCGAAUUAUAUCCGAACACAGAGCUCAAACAAACGGAAAAACUGGAGAUUUCGUUUACGUUUUGCUUUCUCUCCAAGGUGCCGAUAAAUUAUCAGACUCCGAUAUGAUCGCCGUUCUGUGGGAAAUGGUAUUCAGGGGAACUGAUACCGUGGCGGUCCUGAUCGAGUGGAUACUAGCUAGAAUUGUGCUUCAUCCUGAUGUUCAGUCAACGGUCCAUGAUGAGCUCGACAAGGUAGUUGGCAGAUCAAGAGCCGUUAACGAGUCUGAUUUAAUGAACUUGAUUUAUCUUCCGGCUGUGAUCAAGGAGGUUCUGAGGCUCCAUCCACCGGGCCCACUACUCUCCUGGGCCCGCCUAGCUAUCACUGAUACGACUAUUGAUGGUUAUCACGUGCCCGAGGGGACCACCGCAAUGGUGAACAUGUGGGCCAUCACAAGGGACCCUCAAGAGUGGGCGAACCCACUUGAAUUUAUGCCCGAUAGAUUUGUGACUAAAGAGGGUGAGGUGGAGUUUUCUGUGCUUGGCUCGGACCUUAGGCUGGCCCCAUUCGGUUCGGGCAGGCGAACAUGCCCGGGAAAGAACUUGGGAUUGACCACCGUCAGCUUUUGGGUUGCGCAACUUUUGCACGAGUUCGAAUGGCUACCGUCCGAUCAGAAUACUGUCGACCUAUCCGAGGUUCUAAGGCUAUCUUGUGAGAUGGCCAAUCCUUUGAGUGUCAAAGUUCGGCCCAGGCGAAGGUUAAGCCUGGCUCACUAAGGUUAUUAUUUCUGGCAUUGUCACGUGGAAAAUGAGGUGAAGAAAAGCAAAAAAUUAAGACAAAAAAAAUACUACUAGUAGUCAGUAGUGGUUUUAUCGAAGGGGUUCACAGAAUCUAAACGCAUGAUAAUGUUGUCUUGGUCGUGUCUCUUAAGUGUCAGGCUUUUAAUUUUCAUUUGUUUUAACUGCUGUAAAUAUACGGGUGAGAGAGUACUAUAAGUUGCCAAGUAUUGUUACUCUCUUUCUUCUAUCUUUCCCCUUUUUACUGCAUGGUUAAGUAUCUAUUUUUACGUUGUUCGAUGAAUCAAUCUGGCCUUUGCAUGGU